AUGAUCACCUGGCUGCAGCACAGCAAUGGCAGCUUUCUGCAAUGCCUCCGCAAUGAUCAACAGAUCCACCAGAUUUUCAUUGUUGCCACCAUCCUGCCUGUCAGGCCGCCGUUUGGAGAUCACCGCAAUCUCUACAACAUCAUUGAUAGUUCACCCUUUGGGAAUGUGAAAUGGCAAAAAAUUAUGGUCGCUUAUGAUGGUGAGAGACUCACAGAUGAUAUCAAGCCCUGGAUGGACGACAAAUAUGAAGUCUGGUUUCACGACCCAUGCAAAGUCAUGCACAAUAUGCUGGUGAAUCCAACAUAUGCUAGUGAAAUAAACUAUCACUCAUACCGAGAAUAUUCAACCAAGGGCGACAAGCGGCAAUGGAAGGAUUUUAUGUCUGGUGACUGGGUGUGGGAUCCAGCUGAUGAGAUAGUGAAAGACCCAAGCACACUGGGGUCCACAUUUGUCCCUGUCAUCCUUGGCAGUGACAAAACAAUGGUUUCGGUCAGGACAGGGAAUAAUGAGUAUUACCCACUCUACGCUUCCAUCGGGAACAUCCACAACAUGGCAGUGAUUGGGUUUGUUAAGGUUGUGCUCAAGGGAAGGCCGUUGUUCCAAAAAUUUCGUCAACAACUAUUCCACUCAUCACUUUCAAAAAUCCUCAACUCACUCAAACCAGGCAUGACAACUCCCAAAGUCACGCAAUUUGGAGAUGGUCACUACUGGUGGGUUAUAUACGAACUAGGGCCCUACAUAGUGGAUUAUGAGGAGCAGGUACUGUUAGCGUGUAUCAUCCAAAACUGGUGUCCCAAAUGUGUGGCAAAUCACGAUAAUCUCCAGGAAGGCACAUUAUGUCAUUUGCAUGACCAUACUGAGGCCCUUAUUGAAGAAGCUCUGAAUCUUGACAGUGAUCUGUGGGAUGAUUUUGGAAUAGUCGAGCAACUUGUACCGUUUACAAACGACUUUCCCCAAGCCGAUAUCUACCAAAUGAUCUCCCUGACAUCCUCCAUCAGCUUAAUUGCUGCUGUUGCCUCAUUUUCAGGCUUACGGCGAUUUCCUCAAGGGCGCAGCUUCAAACAAUGGACAGGAGAUGAUUCCAAAGCCCUGAUGAAUGCUUACUUGCCCACCAUCGAGGGUCAUGUACCCACAGAUGUUGUGCGCACCUUUCGUGCGCUUCUAGACUUUGCUUACUUAGUCCAUUGUGAUAUAAUCACAGAAGACUCUCUACUCAAGAUCAAAGAUGCACUCGCACACUUUCACCAUUACCAUGAAAUCUUCAGGAUGACAGGCAUCAUUUCUACCUUCUCCCGGCCCCGCCAAUAUUCACUUGUGCACUACGUCCGAAAUAUACAACUCUUUGUGGCACUCAAUGGCCUCUGCUCAUCAAUAACAGAGAACAAACACAUCAAAGCGGUCAAGGAGCCCUGGCGACGAUUGAGCCGUUACAAAGUGCUUGGUCAGAUAUUACUGACCAAUCAACAGCUCGACAAACUCUCAGCAGCACGAGUUGACUUCACAUGCCGGGGGAUAUUAACUGGCACUUGUCUCUCAGCAGCCAUGAAUGCCUUAGGUAGGGCAAAAAAAUGCGCUCAAACUGUUCCUGCCCUUGCUGACGAACUUGAUAUCCCUUGCCUACCCAACCUUCUUGGGUGGUUCUUAUUCCAACAGUUGCAUCCUGAUGAUCCCCACGACCCAUCUGAUGUACCUCUCGCCGAUUGCCCUCUCUAUCUUAACAAAAUCUCAGUCUUCAAUUCGGCAUCAUCAUGUUUCUAUGUGCCAAGCGAUUUGAGCAGUAUUGGUGGCAUGCGUGUUGAAUACAUCUGGUCCUGUCCCUCCUGGCGGAAUGAGCAUUCACGACAUGACUGUGUCUUUGUCAACACAGACUCCAGUUUACCUGGCAUGCAAGGCCUUGAAGUUGCCUGCAUUCACACAUUUUUCUCAUUUCAGUACCGGGGUGAGGUCAACACCGCAGAUGAAGACACAGGAAUGUGGCUAGUUUGUCCAGGAUAUAGUGCAAACAAUUCCCCUGAGCAUGCCAUCAUUCAUAUCAACACCAUCUAUCAUGCUGCCCAUCUUAUUCCCGUGUGCGGUACGGAAUUUUUGCCUCGCGAACUCAAAUUUUAUCAUUCAUAUGACACAUUUCAAGCCUACUAUAUUAACAAAUAA